AAGGGAGUAAUAUAAUUCAAAAACUCUUUACCAAAACAAGACAGCACAACACAAAAUCCAAAUCGGAAGAUAAAAGACAAAAAUGGCGACGGAGAAAAGCAAGAUUCUGGUGAUCGGAGGAACUGGUUACAUCGGAAAGUUCAUCAUCGAAGGCAGCGCCAAAUCCGGCCAUGAAACAUUCGCUCUUGUCCGAGAAGCCUCCCUCUCCGAUCCCGUCAAGGCCAAAACUGUCCAGAAUUUCAAAGAUCUCGGUGUCACAAUACUCUACGGAGAUUUAAGUGAUAAAGAGAGCUUAGUGAAGGCGAUUCAACAAGUUGAUGUCGUGAUCUCCACCGUUGGUCUCUCUCAACUUCUCAAUCAGAUUAACAUCAUUUCUGCUAUUAAAGAAUCUGGCAAGCAUGUCAAGAGAUUCUUACCUUCUGAGUUUGGCAACGACGUGGAUCGAACAUUGGCUAUUGGAGCAGCAAAGUCAGAGUUCGAAAUGAAGGCUGAGAUCCGCCGUGCCGUUGAAGCCGAAGGUGUACCGUACACAUACGUGACCAGCAAUUGCUUUGAUGGCUAUUUCUUAGCUACACUUGCUCAAUGUGAAACGAGACUUACUUCUCCUCCUAGAGAUAAAGUCAUCAUCUAUGGCGAUGGCAACGCCAAAGCGGUUCUAAACAAAGAAGAAGACAUUGUUGCAUACAUUAUGAGGGCCGUUGAUGACCCGAGGACUCUCAACAAGACUAUCUACAUCAACCCUCCAAAGAACAUUGUUUCGCAGAACGACAUUGUUGCCUUGUGGGAGAGCAAGAUUGGUAAAACUCUGGAGAAGACUUACGUUUCAGAGGAGGAACUUCUGAAGAAAAUCGCAGAGUCUCCGCAUCCACUCGAUCUUCUGUUGGCAUUGAAUCAUGCUAUCUUUGUGAAGGGAGAUCAAACCUGGUUUACAAUAGAGCCUUCCUUUGGAGUGGAAGCUUCUCAGCUUUAUCCUGAUGUCAAGUACACUAGCGUCGAUGAGUAUCUCAACCAGUUUGUCUGAGAAAAGAUAGUAAAAGUCUCCUUGCAUUGUAGCAAGAGUUUACUGUAAUGAGAGAGAUUGAUGACCCUUGGUCUGUAAUACCAAAUCCAAUAAGACAUAAAUAUUACUUAAAAGGCUAAGAUGGUUUUA